AUGUACAUUAGUGACGAAGGCUUACAUAAAAUAAGACUGGCCGAUCUUGGAAAUAAUAAUAUUAACACAUUAACCAGUAAUUCCUACAGUCCAACAUUUAUAACAUUAGAUAGUGUAAACAGUAGAGUGCUAUUCACUGAUCCUGAAGAUUAUAGUGUUCGUUAUUUCAGCUUAUCAUCUCCAUCAACCGUAACACCUGUCAGUGCUUCGACAAAUACUGUUUCUGGUAUCACAGUUUCGACAGCUGGAGAAUAUUAUUUCGCAGAUGGAUCCAGCAAAGUCAUAAAACUUACUUUACCAAAUACGAAAAGUAAUUAUGUAACUGGAUUGAGUAAUCCUCAAGGAUUAUUUUGGAGAUCUAAUGAACUGUUCAUUGUAGAUGCUGAUAGUACAACUCCUAAAAUUAAGAAGUAUGAUGGAACAACUCUUACAGAUAUUGCUGGAGGUGGAUCUUCUGGUUGUGCGAAUGAUAUUGAGGCAACAAGUUGCAAAUUAUCAAGCUCCAUCUCAGGAAUAUUCUACACAACGUAUAAUGAAAUAUUCAUUUCUGAUUCUGGAAAUAAGAAGAUCAAGAAAUAUGAAGGGGGAUCAACCUCAGAUUUUGCUGGUGCCAGUGGAGCUGGGACUACUUGUGCAGAAGACUCAGAAGCUCUCUCUUGCUAUUUUUCAACUAGUAUUUAUGGUAUUUUCGUUACUGACAAGAAUGAAGUUUAUGUAACUGAAGGAAUAUCCGACACUGGAACUGUUAAGAAAAUUUAUCCAUACUGUGAUAGUGGUUAUCAAUUAACAUCUGAUGGAAGAUCAUGUGUUCCUAUUUGUUAUUCCAAAGUAGGGGAUGCUGCCUGUGGAGGACCAACUCAAGGAGCUUGUAGUGCUCCUGAUACUUGUCAAUGUACCACCAAUUAUUUUGGAAACGAAUGUGGCUCACCAAAGUGUUAUGGAAAAACAUCCAAUGCCUGUAAUAAUCAAGGUACCUGCACUGCAGUCGAUACUUGUGUUUGCAAUGCUAACUAUUUUGGAAAUGAGUGCACUUCACCAAAGUGUUAUGGAAAAACCUCCAACGCUUGUAACAAUCAAGGUACUUGUACUGCAGUCGACACUUGUGUUUGUAAUGCCAACUAUUAUGGAAACGAAUGUACUUCUCCAAAGUGUUAUGGAAAAACAUCCAAUGCCUGUAACAAUCAAGGUACUUGCACUGCAGUCGACACUUGUGUUUGCAAUGCUAAUUACUACGGAAAUGAGUGCACUUCCCCAAAGUGUUAUGGAAAAACAUCCACAACAGCUUGUAACUUGAAAGGUACCUGCACAGCAGUUGACUCUUGUCAAUGUAAUACCAAUUACUAUGGAAAUGAAUGUACAGUCACAACUUGUGAUGGCAAGUAUUCCAAUACUUCAGUUGCUUGUAACAACCAAGGAACUUGUGCUGAUUAUAAUACUUGCAAUUGUAAUACUAAUUAUGGAGGUUCUUAUUGCAGUCUUCCAAAAUGUGGUGGAAUUCUGUCAGAUAAUCCAUCCGUCUGUUCAGCAAAUGGCACCUGUGCUGGUGUUAAUAAUUGUCAAUGUAAUUCUCUCUAUACAGGAUCCAAUUGUGAAACUCCUAUUUGUUAUGGAAUUCAAGCCACUCAAACAUCAACUGUGUGCUCUGGACAAGGUAUUUGUGUGGCUGGUGACAAGUGUGUUUGUAAAGAUUAUUCCAAAUAUACUGGACUAAAGUGUGAUUCUCCAAUUUGUAACUCAAAACCUUCAACAGAUCCAAAUGUUUGUAACUCUAGAGGUACAUGUACUGCACCAAAUACUUGCCAAUGUACUGAUACUAAUCUAUUUGGUGGAAAUGAUUGUGAACUAUUCAAGUGUAAUGGUACACUCUCCAAUCAAGGAUCAGUUUGUAGUGGAAGAGGUACAUGUUUAGCCAAUAAUAUUUGUCAAUGUACUGAUACUAGCUCUUGGGGAGGAAAUUUUUGUUCAAUUCCUAAAUGUAAUGGAAUUCUUGCCAAUGACACUAGAAAAUGUUCAUCUAGAGGUAAUUGUAUUUCACCAAACACUUGCCAAUGUUAUGAGAGUAAUAAUUAUGGUGGAUCAGAUUGUGAAAUUUUCAAAUGUGGUGGAAUCCUUUCUACUAAUACUUCUAAAGUUUGUUCUGGAAAGGGUACUUGUAAAUCAUUGAAUAACUGUGAAUGUUUACCUAAUUAUGGUGGUGCUAAUUGUGAACUUGUUAAAUGUUUUGGCAUUUUACAAAACGAAAGUUCAGUAUGUAGUGGAAAAGGUUCAUGUAAGAAUGUUGAUACAUGUCAAUGUGAUAAUGGUUAUGGAGGUUCUAAUUGUAAUCUUAUUAGAUGUUUUGGUGUCUAUACUAACCAAACUAAUUUGAUUUGUAAUAAUGGAAAUGGUACUUGUAUUGCUCCUGACACUUGUUCAUGCAGUACUGGGUGGACAGGAUCAAAGUGUGAUGUUGCAAUUUGUAAUGGAAAACUUUCUAAUGACACACGUGUCUGUUCAUCAAAAGGUCAAUGUGUGGGUCCAAACAAUUGUAAAUGUUCCACCAAUUACUAUGGAACAAACUGUGAAAAGACAACUUGUAAUUCUGUUGCUUCAGAUGAUAGCACAGUUUGUUUUGGUCAUGGUUCUUGCCUUUCGUAUAAUAAUUGUAAUUGCUCAACUGGAUAUGGACCUUCCACAACUUGUGAAUUCCCAAUUUGUUAUGGAUUAUUGGCAAAUGACAGCCGUGUCUGUAAUGAUACUGACAAGUUUUGUUUUGCACCAAAUGAUUGUAAGCCAAAGAAUCCAACUUGUUAUGGAAUUGAAAAGGCAGACAGUAGAUCAUGUUCUGGACACGGAAUUUGUUUAUCAACUGAUAAUUGUCGAUGUGAUUCUAGCUACUUUGGUGAACAAUGUCAAUAUUUCAAAUGUUAUGGUGUUGAAUUCAACUCAUCAUCAGUCUGUAGCUCACACGGUUCAUGUGACAGUGUAAAUAAUUGUAAUUGUCGAGAUGGUUACGGAGGAAACAAUUGUGAACUUGUUAAAUGUAGUGGAAUUUUACAAAAUUCAAGCAUGGUUUGUAGUGGAAGAGGUAAAUGUGUUGAUGUUAACACAUGUAAUUGUGACAGUGGAUAUUAUGGCUCUGAUUGUCAAUUGACCACCUGUUUUGGUAUUGAACAAGCAAGCUCACAAGUUUGUAACAAUAGAAAUGGUACUUGUCUUUCGUUUGAUAAUUGUAACUGUCUUGAUGAAAGCAAGUGGUUCGGAUCAGCAUGUAAUACGACGUAUUGUUAUGGGAAAACUUCAUUGGAUUCUAAUGCCUGUAACUCUCAAGGUAAUUGUGUCAAUUUUAACACAUGCCAAUGUAAACAAAAUUAUGCUGGCAAUCAAUGUCACUUGAGAUACCUUUCUCAAUCAUUCACCUUAUCAUUCAAUAGCACUACUGAUUUUAUUGGAGAAAUUUCCACCAUACUCACCCUCAGCAUUCAAGAUUCCACAUUCCUCGAUUUUUAUGCCAACAAAUCUGUCGACAUUAAGUUGGAAUUCCUUCUUGACAAUCAAGCUCUCACUUCAGCAAUAUCUUCCCAACAAUCACUAUAUCCAAGCAUGUCUUUCUCUCUCCCAUCCUCUCUCUCCAAAGGAUCACUCACAGCAAAGGCAACUCUCUACAAUUCCACAACACCAAUCUCAUUCCAAGUUGCAACCGAAAGUGCCUUAAUACUCCAACAACGAAACACUCCAAUUGCCUCAAACUCUAUUCCAUCUCGUGCUGGAGAACCAUCAAUUCAAGGAAAUAGUAAUGCAGGAGUUAUUGCUGCAGCUGUGGUCGUUCCAAUCGUUUCAAUUGCAGCCAUUGGAGGUGGUGUUGCUGUGGUCAUUACUGUUGUGGUCUUGUUGAAGAAGAAGGCAGCUGCUACUUUGGCCAAGGAUAUUGCAACAGCUGCUCACACUGAUGUUGAAUUGGCAGGUAAUCUUUAA